UCCGCCCCACACACGGCGCCAUGGGCCCAGCGCUGCUCGCCCUCCUGCUGCUGGCCGUGCCCGCUCUCUCUCUUCCUGUGACAAACGACAUGAAUAAAGGGGACACCAAGGUGAUGAAGUGCAUCGUAGAGGUCAUCUCUGAUACUUUAUCGAAGCCAAACCCACUGCCAAUUAGUGAGGAAUGCCUGGAAACACUACGAGGAGAUGAACGAAUCAUUUCUAUCCUUCGCCACCAAAAUUUACUGAAGGAACUCCAGGAAAUUGCUGCUCAAGGUGCCAAUGAGAGGACUCAGCAGCAGAAGAAAAACAAUGGCUUUGAAGAUGAACUUUCUGAAGUCCUUGAAAGUCAGAAUGAUGAGAACAAGCAAAGAGAUGCAGCAUGGCAGCACCCUGAGGAGGAGCAGCCCACGGAGUCCCUGGCUGAGCUACCAGCACAGAAAACCCAACAAAAAGAAGAUUUGAGAAAGGAGGGGAAGAACAGCCUGGAGGAGAGGGAGCCCAGGCCACGGGACGCUGACCCUGGUGAGAAGGAGGACCAGGAGGAAGCAGACAGCAAUGAGAUCAGGGACACGGAGGAUGCCCAGGGAGAAGGAGCUUUGGAAAACCACAUCAGCAAAGAUCCGAGUGAGGAUGAGCUGCAGCCCCGAGAGGAUGAAGAAGAGCAGCCUGGAGGCCCCAGGGACAGCCUGGAGAUGGAGGAGGAGGGAGAGCAGCCUUCCAGGCAGGGCCAGGAGCAGAGCAAGGAGGCAGUGGGGAAGCGCAUGGAGCGGGAGGACGAUGGAGAAGAUGCUCCUGCAGAGGAGGACCCUACUGAAGCAGAGAGGUCACUUGAUUUGGCUGAGGAGGACGUGGGGGCUGAGGAGAUGCAGGGAGAGGACAGUAACGACGAUGCUCUGGGAUUUGGCAAAGAUGGGCAGAGCUCUGAGGAGGAGGAGCAGCCACGUGCACUGAGACGAGGAAGGCAUCGCCUGGAGGACGAGGGGAUGCAGGCGGAUGAGGACACCUUCCAGCCCAGGGAUGCCAAAAGCGAGGAAAUGGAGGAUGAGUCCUCCAGGGAGUGGGAGGACUCCAAGAGGUGGAACAAAAUGGAUGAGCUGGCCAAGCAGCUGACAUCAAAGAGGCGCAUGGAGGAAAACGAUAGUGGAGAAGACCCAGACAGGUCCAUGAAAAUGGCAUUCAGGUCCCACAAGUACGACUUCAGCAGCCCAGAGGAGGGUGUGAGAAGGUCACGGAAGCAUCACUCGAAGGAGGACAGCAGUGAAGGAGGCUUUCCGCUUGCUCCCAUGCCUGAAGAAAAGAAGGACGAGGAAGGCAGUGCUAACAGGAGAACAGAGGACCAGGAGCUGGAGAGCCUGGCAGCCAUCGAGGCCGAGCUGGAGCGCGUGGCCCACAAGCUGCACGAGCUGAGGCGGGGCUGAGGGCUGGCGGCGGCCGCUCCCUUCCCUCCCCGCCGCGGUCUCCCUUCCUGAUCUCACGGCGAGUACGACGGAGCAGCAGCACCGCGCCUCGACGCCGGCCGCGCGGGCGCCCAGGCCUGCCUCCCUCGCAGUAGUGUUGUGCCCAUCACCGCUUCUUGCCCCACGCUCCUCUGUCCCCUACGGAUGUCAACCGCCCCGACGGGCCACCGUAGCCAAGAAGUGCGACCUGCACCUGUAUUUUAUUUCUUUCUCUCUCUCUUUUUCCCCCUCCUUCUGUUUUUUAAAUGACAGGACAGCUUUCUAGAAAGUUCUCCUCCCACCGGUAGUCUCACUGGGUAAAAUUGCAAUAACUUGUUACCUUUUGAUUAAAGCUGAGAACUCUGACUGUAAUAUAUUCUAUAUAAAAAAUUUAUCUAAGGAAAAAUAAAACCGCGGUGGGCUCCUUGUUUUA